AUGGAAGCAGCCCGAGCCCUCGCCAAAGAAUUCCACAAGCACAAUGUGCAACUAGUCUACGGUGGCGGCACAACCGGCUUAAUGGGUGAAGUCGCACGCUCUCUUGUCUCUCUCUCGGGCCCCAAAGCCGUGCACGGCAUCAUCCCACGCGCACUAGUCAAAGUCGCAACUGUGGGCGGUAUGCGCGAGCACACGGAGGGCCAGGCCAGUGCCACAGCCGGCAAAGCUGCCGAGCGUGUUGUCGAAUCCUUUGAUGCUGUUGAUUCCAAUGGCAUCCCCGAGUCGGAGUACGGCCUUACGACCAUUGUCGCCGAUAUGCACACCCGCAAGCGCUUGAUGGCGGAGAAGGUCCUUGAGGGCGGGCCUGGGUCUGGGUUUGUUUCGCUGGCUGGUGGGUUUGGAACUAUUGAGGAGGUUAUGGAGAUGACGACGUGGAACCAGUUGGGGAUUCACAAGGUUGGUGUUGUGUUGUUGAAUAUCAAUGGGUACUGGGAUGGCUUGUUGGCUUGGGUGCGCAAUGCUGUGAAGGAGGGGUAUAUCAGUGCCAGCAAUGGGGAGAUUCUUGCGGAGGCUAAGGAGGUUUCUGAGGUUUGGCCUAAGUUGCUGGCCUAUCAGGUCAGUAAUGGGCGGAUGCAGUUGAACUGGGGAGAGGAGUGA